GCGAGCUCUUAUCACCGUUAUUGUUGGUGCGUGGUAUGCCGGUUGUGUGCGGCCAUUGUUGACCCUGAUUGGUAAGGGUAGCCGCUAACACCACCGCGUAUAGGGAGAGAAGAAGGUGCCCGGCCAGGCGGCAGAGCUCGAGGAGAGAGCUCCUCUUUUUUUUUUUUCUUUUUGAUGUCAUUGAUAAUGGGUAAUUUAGUAAUAGUAUGUUUUAAUUUAGGACGAUAAUAGUAAAAUUAAGCAACGUUUAGCGAUUCAAUUGGUAAAAUACAUGUGAAACGAGCAGGGAAAAACGAGCCGACUCACUGUGCCGUGGACGAGUCAGCCAUUCGAAUCACUACGCACACUUCCAGUGCAGACUGCCGGAAAGUAAGAGUUGUAGUUGUACGGAUCUUCUUCCUUCAACCCCACAACGUUCUUAACCUUUGCGCGGUACCCGAACCGAAGUCCACCAACACAGGAAUGGAGAACUCUGGCGCAUGUCAAGGUCUGACCAGGCCAAUUCGCUGCAUCGUCAAACUCGGAGGUGCAGCAAUUACUUGCAAGAAUGAGCUAGAGAAGAUUAAUGAAGAGAAUCUAGGGACUGUUUCUUCCCAGUUAAGGCAAGCAAUGUCUUCUGGGCCUGACUCCCAGAAGAUUCUUGGGAUGGAUUGGAGCAAGCGGCCUGGGGAAUCUGAACUUUGUUGUGAUGUGGGUGGUUUCGAUGAUCAAAUUUCUUGUGAUUCAAGUAACUUUGUAGUUGUCCAUGGAGCAGGCUCUUUUGGUCAUUUUCAAGCCAGCAAAUCAGGAGUCCAUAAAGGCGGAUUAGAUAAAUCUCUAGUUAAGGCUGGAUUCGUAGCCACUCGGAUUUCAGUUACUAAUCUGAAUCUUGAAAUUGUUCGAGCACUAGCUGCAGCUGGUAUCCCGUCAGUUGGCAUGUCUCCGUUCUCAUGUGGAUGGCUAACAUCUGAAAGAAAUCUAGAAUCAGCUGAUCUGUCAAUGGUUGUUAAAGCGAUUGAGUCAGGAUUUGUGCCGGUUUUGCAUGGAGAUGCCGUCCUUGAUAGUCAACUGGGUUGUACCAUUUUGAGUGGCGAUGUGAUAAUAAAACAUCUUGCAGCCUACCUGAAACCCGAAUACGUCAUUUUCCUGACAGAUGUUUUCGGCGUUUAUGAUCGCCCACCAUCAGAACCUGAGGCAGUGUUGUUGAGGGAGAUUGCUGUGACUGAGGAAGGGAGCUGGUCUGUCGUGAAACCGAACUAUGGAAGCACAAACAAGCCAGUUGAAAUAACUGUAGCUGCACACGACACAACAGGAGGGAUGGUGACCAAGAUAGCAGAAGCAGCCAUGAUUGCGAAACUAGGCAUUGACGUCUACAUUGUAAAGGCUGCAACGAGCCACUCCCAAAGAGCUCUAAGUGGAGAAAUAAGGAGGGGAAGCAUACCCGAUGACUGGCUUGGAACAGUCAUAAAAUUUGCUGGCAAACCAGCACAACAUUGAUCAACUAAGCUCAACUCUGAUACCAUGUUGACGUCUAUAGAAGUAUGAAAGGGAAAGCAUUAUUGUUCAACUUCUUCAAACGGAUUGACAACAGACUAUUUUCAGCUAGAGAGAUAAAUCCUUUCUUUUAAACCAUUGAACAAUUGUUUAUGUCAAUUGGUAAAAUCUGUCCUGAUCUAUUCCAGCGGGUUUCAGAAGCACGGUAUACGGUUUUUCACAAGCUUAUCUGUUCUUUCAUUGUUAUAUAUAAUGGCAUUUUAGGGCAGAUUCUGGAGAGCAUCUCUACUAUACACAUCUCCAGCUGCUCUAUCUUCCAGACUUCUGACAAGCAAACUCCUAGGGGAAAGCGAUUCAUUUGCAUCUUUUUAUCCAUCGAGAAUGAAAAUCAGGUAGGGGCAGGGAGAACCCAAAGAUUAGGGAGUAAGCCAAGGGGGUUGGCGAAACUUCACUCUGCCAUCAACAUCCAACAGAAACGAAUUACUGGCCUUGCACUACUUUUACAUUCAACAUCCAACAGAAACCAGAAACCAUCAUCUCAUACAAGAGCCAACACAAUAAAAAGUCACAAAAAUU